AGUGCGCCUAACUGUAGUUGCACGGGAUCCGUGAGAUAAAUUGUAUUUGUCAGAGCUAAGAAAUAACCUUGAGAACGAGAGCAUUAACUCGAAUGUAAAUGUCUCGAGCUAACUGUAGUCAAUCAGCGCGGAGUGCAAAUUACGCGAACUGCAAUUAAAACCCACCACGUUUCCUUUAACGAGGUUUAAGAAUAAAUAUGAAUUAUAUACUCGAAUUGAGUUUCGGAGCGGCGAUAAUUUUGGUGCUCUUAAUACGGGCUAAAAUAAAAAAAUAUAAUUAUUUCAAAGAACGCGGUGUGCCCACUCUAAGCAUUUAUGCGGGUCUUACUAAUACGUGGAAGCUGUUUACAAAGAAAAUAUCUUUUCCCGACAUGGUGAUGGACCUUUAUAACGCGCAUCCAAAUGCCAAGUACAUCGGCAUCUUCGAUCAAGGAUCGCCGGUUUUCAUCAUUCGGGAUCCUGAAGUGGUCAAGUUGGUAACAGUAAAAAACUUCACGGUCUUUCUCGAUCACAAAGGAUUCGUCAAGGAAGAGGUCGACCCUCUUCUAGGUGGUGGACUAUUCAAUAUGAAGGGUGGCAAGUGGAAGGAAAUGAGAGCGGUCAUCAGUCCAACGUUCACAACCAGUAAAAUGAAAUGCAUGUUCGAGCUAAUGUCAAAAUGUGGCCAGGAUUUUGUUGAAUUUUUGGAAAAGGAAAAACAGCCGCUUGUUCUCGAAAUGAAAGACGUUUUCACGCGUUACGCCAAUGACGUAAUAGCGACAACAGCAUUUGGCGUGACAGUGAACAGCAUUCACGAUAAGGAAAAUGAAUUUUAUAUGAUGGGCGUAGAAGCGACGAGCUUCACUCCACUUCGUAGCUUCAAGACAAUCCUAUUUCAAUGGUAUCCAAAGAUAAUGAAGUUCCUUAAGUUUAAAAUAGUGUCCGAUAAGGUGUCCAACUUUUUUCGUGAUAUUGUGAUAACGACCAUAAAUACGCGCAAGGUACAAAAUAUACAUAGACCGGAUCUCUUGAACAUCCUGAUGCACGCGAGAAUGAAGGAUCCGGACAGAGAGUUGACGCAUGACGAAAUAAUAUGUCAAGCUUUCCUCUUCUUUUUCGCGGGUUUCGAAACCGUCGCCUCGGUGAUGUCAUUCGUCGCGUAUCAUUUAGCUAUAUAUCCGGAAGUGCAGGAGAAACUGCGCAAAGAGGUGGAUGGGGUUUGCGGACGAGAAAAUGGUCAACUGAUUUACGAGGAACUUGGUGAAAUGAAAUAUAUGGAAAUGGUUCUGAAUGAAACAAUGAGGCUUAUUCCACCGAGCGUUUUGACCGAUCGCGUUGCUGUGGAAGAUUUUCAUUUACCGGCCAAUGAUGAAAAAUCACCACCGAUACACAUCGAAAAAGGCACUGCUAUUUGGAUUCCUAUAGCGGGAUUUCAAAAGGAUCCGAAAUACUUUGCAGAACCCGAAAAGUUCGAUCCGGAACGCUUCGAUUCUGAUCAUAAGAAUAAUAUUUUGCCAUUUACUUUCAUCCCCUUUGGUGUCGGUCCCAGAAGCUGUCCUGCUAAUCGUUUCGCUUUUAUGGAGAUCAAACUUAUUUUGAUAAACAUAUUGAAAAGAUUUGUUAUAAAACCUUGCGAAAAAACAUCUAUACCUAUGAAGUUUGCUAAGGGUACGAUAACUGUCGUAGCGGAAAAAGGUAUUUGGUUAUCUUUCAAACCUAGGAAAAACAUUGAAUAACAAAUAGCAUAAAUCCUUAUUAAUCCAAUUGAUAAUUUGAGGAAUAAAAAUGUUCCUGUCACUGUCUUUCGAUAAUAAUAUGAAUCACGGAACUGUUUAUUCGUUGAGAAUUAUUGUUCAAACCCUUCAUUGGCAUUGACACUACGGGGCUCACGUAGGUUUUUUAUUUUUUCUUACUACAAUUUUGAGUCCAAGUGAUAUCUACGAAUUUUUGGGUUGAUUAAUCCGAAUUUAAAGUGAAAAUUAUCAAACUCAAAUUGUCUGAACCAAAAUGGGAGAUCAAAUUUAAAAAAAAAAUAAUACUCGGAUAUUUUUGUCAAAAUAAUGACAAAGGGGGUUAAUUAGAAGACAAACUUGAUUUGUAAAAUAAUAAAUUCUGUACUAUAGGUAUUUAAGGAUUAAAAGAACCGGCGUCUGUACUAUAAAUCUGAUCGAUUAACUGCCGAUGCGAUAUCAAAAACAUAUGGGACACAGCGAUGCAUGAUAGCCAUGCGACGACGUGAUUUUAAAAAGCGAUUAAAAACUUUUGUUAAAAGAAAAGCAUGGAUCAAAACAAUAUUCAAUUAAAAAUGAUAUUUUUGAAGUUUAAUCAGUUAACUGUGGAUGUGAUAUUAAUAAUAAUACUGUGAUACAUUAAAAAGACACGAGAAUAUUGCACAUAAGACUACAAAUUUUUUAUUAUUUUUAUUAUAAGAAAGACUAUACUGACUAUGUAAUUAUGACAGAAAAUACACAUUUUUGAAAAUAUUUCCACAUUUCGUAUGGACAACGAGUCUAUCCCGUUGAGUAACUCGACCCUAAAUAAAAAUAUUGUAUUGUUCUCUUUCUGUAUUCAUCAAUUCAUUCUAUUCAGUUCAUCUGAAUAUACAGAUUUAAAAAUACUAAAUAUCCGGAUUACCAUAUAUCAAGCAUUUAUUAGGUUUCCCCAGUUUCGAACAUACGCAUAGCGAAAUCAAGGUUUAUAUAUUUAUAUAAAAUAUAUAGAUUUAUGUAUUCCCAAGAACGAAAGCAUACAGGUUACGCAUAAGAAAUGUGUAAAACUUGUUUAUACCAACGUAUCAACAAUAUUACAGAAAUGAUAGAUAAAAUUACUUCUAUAAGGCAUAAUGAAUUUUAUGUAUAUUCUUUUGUCUGCUCUCACUUUCACUAACAUUUAAUAAAAGGUAAAUUAAUCUUA